ACCUCGUAAUCAUGUCUAACAUUCCUGGUGGUUUUGGUGAGACGAAGGACGCAGAUGAGGAAAUUCAGAAGCUUUGUGAUCAGGUGAAGGCUCAAGUGGAGGAGAAGACGAGGGGGGACUAUGAGGUUUUCACAGCAGUUCAGUACAGGGAACAGGUUGUGGCUGGAAUGAACUACAUUAUUAAGGUUGAUGUGGGAGGUUCCUCUUACCUCCAUAUCAAAGUCUUCAAAAACCUCUCAGGAGAGAUCAUGCUGAGCAGUCUGGAGGAGGACCACAGCAAAGACGAUCCAAUCGAACCUUUCUGA